AACUUCCAACUCUGAGGUCCCAUUUAAGUAAAGACCUUGGUGGAAAAGGCAUGGGCUCAGGUCCCUGAAGGGAGAGUCCCAGGACUGGUCAGGUGUCAAGGGGCCCGCGUCAGGUGCCCUCCUGUCACACUCGUGCCUGCUGUCCCUAACCACUGUCAUGCCUCAUGGUCGGAAGAGUAAGCUCCGUGCCCGGGAGAGACGCCGACAGGCCCGAGGUGAGAGCCAGGGUCUUGGGGCAGCUCAGGCCACUGCAGCAGUGGAAGAAGAGGUCCCCUCUUCCCCCUUGCCUGUCUGUGAGGGUGCGCCCCUGAGCUCCCCUGCAACAGGCCCUCCCCAAAAGUCUCAGAGGGCCCGAUCCACCAGCAGUCCUGAUGCAACCAUUUCAGGCUCAAGUUCUGAUGAAGGUGCCAAGAGCCAAAAAGAGGAAAGCCCAAGUCCCUGCCAGGCCCCGCCUUCCCCUGAGAGCUCUCACACAGAUCUUCUGAUCAGGAAGGCGGGCACGUUGGUGCAUUUUCUGCUGUACAAGUAUAAAAUGAAGGAGCCCAUUACAGAGGCAGAAAUGCUGAAGGUGAUCAACAAAAAGUACAAGGAGCAAUUCCCUGAGAUCCUCAGGAGAACCACUGACCACUUGGAGCUGGUCUUUGGCCUUGAGCUGAAGGAAGUUGACCCCAGCAGUCACUCGUAUGCCUUUGUUAGCAAAGUGGGCCUUCCCACCGAAGGGCAUCUGAGUGAUGGCAUGGACUUCCCCAAGAACGGGCUCCUGAUGCCUCUCCUGGGUGUGAUCUUCAUGAAUGGCAACCGGGCCACUGAGGAGGAGAUGUGGGAAUUCCUGAAUGCGUUGGGGGUCUAUGCUGGGAGGAGGCAUCUCAUUUUUGGGGAGCCCAGGAAGCUCAUCACCAAAGAUUUGGUGCAGGAAAAGUACCUGGAGUACCGCCAGGUGGCCGACAGUGAUCCUCCUCGCUACGAGUUCCUGUGGGGCCCAAGAGCCCACGCUGAAAUCAGCAAGAUGAAAGUCCUGGAGUUUUUGGCCAAAGUCAGCAAUACUGUCCCCAGUGCCUUCCAGGGCCCUUAUGAAGAGGCUUUGAGAGAUGAGGAAGAGCGAGCCCAGGCGAGAGUUGCAAACCAGGCUGCCACUGGUGCCCCGGCCAGUGCCUGCUCCAAGGCCACAUCCAGCAGCCCCCCUCAGCCCUAGUGAAGUCGAAGACGGGGUCUUCACCUUGCCUUUGGAAAGGGCUGUCAACCUCCUAAAGUAAUGUGGAGUCAGGUGGGGCUGGAGAGAGCAGAAUAUCUCUCUUCUUUGUGUUCUUGUUACUCAUAAAUAACAUACAGAUUUACCUCUUUUUUUCUUAUCUUUCCAAUGUGUUCUUUUUAAAAAGGUUUACUGAAAUUCAGAAUCUAAGCUUAUGAAUAACAUGGCUCACAUACUUAUUGCUAGUUAUCAAAUUUGAGAGUAAUGGUUUUGUAUUUUGUAAGACAAACUGAAAAUCCUUGCAUCUUUUAUUGUGAGCCAGUACAAGAAAAACAUAGCCCUGGAAUAGGGAUUUUCAUUAAAAUGUAAGAGAACUGCACUGUGAAAAUGUUGAGAUAACAAGAUAGUGAAAAAAAAUAGAAAAGUAAAAAGUUUUUACUUUCCUUGGUUUUUCUUAUUUAUUUUGCUCUUUCUUUGGGUAGAAUUAAAAGAUAUAUACCUGGAUUUGCUUAGCUUUUCAAGAAUG